AUGGACAUAGACGACAUCCUCGCCUCCGUCACACGCGCCACAACAAACCACUUCUCCCCCGAAUCCGUGACCAUCGACCAUCAACACCUCACGCGGCUAUGGGUCGCCGAACGCGCUGUGUCGGAGGUAUUGCCUUGGCCGUCGGAAUUGAUGGAUAGGAUGAUGGAGAGGGUGCAGAAGCAGGUCGAGAAUAUAGAAGACCUCACAGCUUCUUCGUACGAGAACUCGAAUAACGAUUACACGAAUACUAGCGGUAAUAACAAUAAUAAGAAUAAUACGCUCAAUUUGAAGCUCUCGAUAUUGCAGACCGAUCUGUCGCGGACCCAGUACCUGAUUCGCUCGUAUCUGCGCCAACGAUUAUCAAAAAUUACGAGAUAUGCGAUGCAUUAUCUCGUUCUUAUAUCACCGCCGGCGCCUUCGACGGCUUCCCAAUCGCAGGAUCCGGAAGGGGGAGGGGGCGUGAAGACGGAGGAUACAUUGCCAAACCCUACAUCAGCGUCUGGUACAAUAUCGACAACGCCGCUAUCGAAAUCAGAAGCUCAGUUCUUAUACUCGCACCAAUAUCUCCUCGCAUCGCAUUAUAGGCUUAGCUUCCUAGCCUCCUUUCCACAGCAACUCAGACGUCUGGAUGAUAAUGCUGGAGGGACGAGUAUGAUCCAGGGACCCGAUAUGCGUGAGGUUGUCGUUGUAAGGUGUUUGGUGCCUGAGGUUGCGGUCGUGGUGCCCGCGGAUGAGAUUUUGGAGCAGGAGAGGGAGGGGGAAGUGGUUAUGAAGAUGGGAGAGAUUUGGGUGGGGAGGUGGGAAGGUGUGAAGAAGGCGUGGGAGAGGGGGGAUGUUGAAAUCCUGUGA